CCCCGCGCCUGCGCAGUGCGACGGCCGUCUCCUCAGGGCGCCGCCGAGUCGGAGAGAAGCGGGCGGUGGGUCGCUCGGCCGGACGGGCAGCGCGAUGGGCCCGUAGCCGAGCGGGGAGGACGCCGCCGCCGCCAUGGCCGACCCGGCCCCCGCCCGCAGCCUCGACGACAUCGACCUCUCCGCCCUCCGGGAUCCUGCCGGUAUAUUUGAACUGGUGGAAGUGGUUGGCAAUGGGACCUAUGGGCAGGUCUACAAGGGCCGCCAUGUCAAGACCGGGCAGUUGGCUGCCAUCAAAGUUAUGGACGUCACCGAGGAUGAAGAGGAGGAGAUCAAGCAGGAGAUCAACAUGCUCAAGAAAUACUCCCACCACCGCAACAUCGCCACCUACUACGGGGCCUUUGUUAAGAAGAGCCCCCCCGGGAACGACGACCAGCUCUGGCUGGUGAUGGAGUUUUGCGGUGCCGGCUCCGUGACAGAUCUGGUGAAGAACACCAAGGGCAACGCGCUGAAGGAAGACUGCAUCGCCUACAUCUGCCGGGAGAUCCUGCGGGGACUGGCUCACCUCCACGCGCACAAAGUCAUCCACCGGGACAUCAAGGGCCAGAAUGUGCUGCUGACAGAGAACGCCGAAGUGAAGCUGGUUGACUUUGGGGUCAGUGCCCAGCUGGACCGCACGGUGGGGCGUCGGAACACAUUCAUCGGCACCCCUUACUGGAUGGCACCAGAGGUGAUCGCCUGCGAUGAAAACCCGGAUGCCACGUAUGACUACAGAAGCGACAUCUGGUCCCUGGGGAUCACUGCCAUUGAGAUGGCCGAAGGAGCUCCUCCCCUGUGUGACAUGCACCCCAUGCGUGCUCUCUUUCUCAUUCCGCGCAAUCCUCCACCCAAGCUGAAGUCCAAGAAAUGGUCCAAGAAAUUCAUCGACUUCAUUGACAACUGCCUGAUCAAAGCCUACCCCAACCGGCCCCCCACCGAGCAGCUGCUUAAGUUCCCCUUCAUCCGUGACCAGCCCACCGAGCGGCAGGUCCGCAUCCAGCUCAAAGACCACAUCGACCGCACACGCAAGAAGAGGGGGGAGAAGGACGAGACAGAGUACGAGUACAGCGGCAGCGAGGAAGAGGACGAUGGGCGUGGCGAGGAAGGAGAGCCGAGCUCCAUCAUGAACGUCCCUGGGGAGUCCACUCUGCGGAGGGAAUUCCUCCGCCUGCAGCAGGAGAACAAGAGCAACUCGGAGGCUCUGAAGCUGCAGCAGCAGCUGGCCGCCCAGCACCGUGACUCCGAGGCUCACAUCAAGCACCUGCUGCACCAGCGCCAGCGCCGCAUCGAGGAGCAGAAGGAAGAGCGCCGCCGAGUAGAAGAGCAGCAGCGCCGAGAGCGGGAGCAGCGGAAGCUGCAGGGCAAGGAGCACCAGCGGCGCCUGGAGGAUCUGCAAGUGAUGCGCCGGGAGGAGGAGCGCCGGCAGGCGGAGCGGGAGCAGGAGUACAUCAGGCACAAGCUGGAGGAGGAGCAGAGGCAGCUGGAGAUCCUGCAGCAGCAGCUCCUGCAGGAACAGGCCCUGUUGCUGGAGUACAAGCGGAAGCAGCUGGAGGAGCAGCGGCAGUCGGAACGGCUGCAGAGGCAGCUCCAGCAGGAGCACGCCUACCUCAAGUCCCUGCAGCAGCAGCAGCAGCAACAACAGCCGAAGCCCCUCUACCACCACAGCCGCAGCAGCGCAGCCGCCCCCGAGAAGCCCCCCUGGGCCCGCGAGGUGGAGGAGCGGGUCAACAAGGAGAGCUCCCCCUCGCUGGCAGCCAAGGCCAAGCUGGGAGCCCCCGGGCAAGACGCUGCCCCCCAGCCCUGUGCCGAGUCGGGGUCCCUCGUCUCGUCCUCGCAGACACCCCCCAUGCAGCGGCCUGUUGAACCCCAGGAGGGGCAGCACAAGAGCCACCUGGCCCACCGCGUCCCGCUCAAACCAUACGCUGCCCCCGUCCCUCGCUCCCAGUCGCUGCAGGACCAGCCCAGCAAGAACAUGGCUGCCUUCCCUGUCCAUGACUCCGCCUCCUCCGCCCCGCCCCCUCCUCGCGGGGGCAUGAUCCGGCAGAACUCUGACCCCACUUCUGAGGGGCCUGCCCCACAACCGUCCCGGCCCACCGCUGACCAGCGAGGACCUUGGGUCAAAAUGGACCCCAAUGCCCCUCCCCAGGUGCCCCAGCGGACGUCCUCCAUAGCAACCGCCCUCAACACCAGCGGAGUGACCAGCAGCAGCAGCAGCAGCACACGGCCAGUCCAUGCUGUCCGAGCCAGGCCCCAUAGCAAGUCUGCGUGGCACAUCCACAUGCAGAGCCGGCUGGAGAGGGGGGCCCGGGGGGGGAACCCUUUGCCGGCCCCUCCUCUCCCCCCACCUGCCGGCCGGACCCCUUCCGGGCCAAACACCAGUAGCAACCCUGACCUCCGGAGGAGUGACCCCGGCUGGGAGCGUGGGGACAACCUUCUGCAGUCGGGGGCUGCCAACCUGCCUCAGGCCGGCUCCCUAGAGCGCAACCGCAUGGCAGCUCCCCUGAAGCUGGAAGGGUCCCCUGUCUUGUCCCAAGGCAGGAAGGCUAAGGCGGACGACCAUCGCUCACGGCCGGGGCGGCCAGCAAGCUAUAAGCGGGCAAUUGGUGAGAAUUUCGUCCUGCUCAAGGAGCGCCCAGAGGAGGCGGCCCCCAAGCCUCUCAAGAAGGCCCUGGACUACUCGUCCUCCAGCGAAGAGGUGGACUCCAGCGAGGAAGAGGAGGAGGAGGAGGAGGAGGAAGAGGAGGCAGGCGAGGGGGAGCGCUCCGAGCCUGGCACAAGCACCCCUGGAGCCAGGGAUGGCGACACGGACUCAAUCAGCACCAUGGUGGUGCAUGAUGUGGAGGACUUAACAGGCGGCAGCGGAGGCUCCGAGAGCUCCUAUGGCGAGGGCACCAUGCUGGUGCAGCGGACCCCUGAGGAGGAACGUGGCCUCCUGCACAGUGACAGCAACGGCUACACCAAUUUGCCUGACGUGGUUCAGCCCAGCCACUCGCCCACAGAAGCCAAAAGCAGCAAUGGCUCCUCCUCGCCCGCCAAGGACGUGGCCACCGACUACCAGUCGCGGGGGCUCGUCAAGGCACCUGGCAAGAGCUCCUUCACCAUGUUUGUGGAUCUGGGCAUCUAUCAAAGCUCCCCUGGGGGAGGAGACACCAUCCCCAUCACUGCAUUUGACCCUGGACGGCUGGAGCAGCUGCAGCUGGAGGCCCGGAAGGGCUCCGUGGUCAAUGUGAACCCCACUAACACGCGGCCCCACAGCGACACGCCAGAGAUCCGCAAGUACAAGAAGCGCUUCAACUCAGAGAUCCUCUGUGCGGCCCUUUGGGGGGUCAAUUUGUUGGUGGGCACCGAGAACGGGCUGAUGCUGCUGGACCGAAGCGGGCAGGGCAAGGUGUACAGCCUCAUCAACCGCCGGCGCUUCCAGCAGAUGGACGUCCUGGAGGGCCUCAACCUCUUGACCACCAUAUCAGGAAAGAGGAACAAGCUGCGUGUCUAUUACCUCUCCUGGCUACGCAACAAGAUUUUGCACAACGACCCCGAAGUGGAGAAGAAGCAGGGCUGGACCACCGUGGGAGACAUGGAGGGCUGCAUUCACUACCGUGUGGUGAAGUACGAGCGGAUCAAGUUCCUGGUCAUUGCACUGAAGAGCUCGGUGGAGGUCUACGCCUGGGCCCCCAAGCCCUACCACAAGUUCAUGGCCUUCAAGUCCUUCGCCGACCUGCCGCAUCGGCCGCUUCUGGUGGAGCUGACAGUCGAGGAAGGCCAGCGGCUGAAGGUCAUCUACGGCUCCUGUGCUGGGUUCCACGCCAUCGAUGUGGACUCUGGGAACAACUAUGAUAUCUACAUCCCGGUCCAUAUCCAGUCCCAGAUCACCCCACAUGCCAUCGUCUUCCUGCCCAACACGGAUGGGAUGGAGAUGCUCCUGUGCUACGAGGACGAGGGCGUCUACGUCAACACCUUUGGCCGCAUCAUCAAGGACGUGGUCCUGCAGUGGGGGGAGAUGCCCACCUCUGUUGCGUACAUCUGCUCCAAUCAGAUCAUGGGCUGGGGCGAGAAAGCCAUUGAGAUCCGCUCGGUGGAGACGGGACACCUGGACGGCGUCUUCAUGCACAAGCGGGCGCAGCGGCUAAAAUUCCUGUGUGAACGAAACGACAAGGUGUUCUUCGCCUCGGUGCGCUCGGGGGGCAGCAGCCAAGUCUACUUCAUGACCCUCAACCGGAACUGCAUCAUGAACUGGUGAAGCCGCUCCUGGUCCAGCUCCGGCCAGAGGAACCCCCACCCGGUCUGGCUCCAGACGGCCAAGAGGAGAGUCGCCUUCUGGGGAGGGGGAGGCUUCUGUGGCAAAGUCUCCUCCCCACACCGCCUCUUUCGACCACCAGAUUGGUUUCCUCCUCUGCCCCUUCUCCCCUCCCCUCCCCUCCCCUGCCUCCCUUCCUCUCCUCCCUCCCGAGGGCACCCACACAUUCCGUGGCGGCAGCAGGGGAUGGGGGGGUGAAAGCCCCUCCCCUGUGACCCUAGGACCCCCCUACACACACUGUCUUGAACUGGAGGAGAAGUCAUCCCAACUGCAGGGAGAGGGGUGAAUAACGAUGAUGAAACAAAUAAGACCCCCGCCCCCCUUACACUCUCACUCAAACACUCAACCUUCUGGGCACCAUGGUUCCCCUCCGCCCCCCCCACCCCCCCACAGACCUACCCCUGCUCUCCUUUGCGCUCUGGAGCUGUUGAGGGGGAAGACUGGCUGCUCUCUGGUGGGAGGGUCCCAUCCCCAGGGUUGGGCUCUACCUGGAUGUAUAUCUGGAAUUUUCUCUCCCACAGACCAAGAGGGGAGCUGUGUAUAUUUUGCUUUAAUUAUUCUUUUGUAAUGGCAAUUUAAGUAAUUAACUAAUGAAGCACUUUAAUGGCCCAGCUCAUCAGGUUGGGCAGGGGGCACCCGCAAAAGCCUGGGCUGCCUUUCCCUCCUCCUCCUCCUCCUCCUGCUCUGUGGAGCCCUCUGCUGGCUCUGGGAGUGGGGGGGGUCUUUCCGCCUUCCCCAGGCAGAGGCCCUGUCUGCUUUUGUCCCCGUCCCACCACCCCCCCUCCAUUUUGGCUAGGCUUGGGGUGCUUCCACAGGGCUUACUCUGGUGGCCGCUGGUGCAGACGCAGGGCAGGAAAAGGCUCCUGUUUGCAACUUGAUUUUCUCGUGCAGUUUGCUUGCAUUUGUAUAUAAUCCCCUCCCCGACUUCUCUGUGGAAAAGGGAACUCCCCCCCUCAUCCCCCCCCCCCAGGGAUCAGUGGUGGCCUUGGCAUUUCAUCUCUUGAUAAAGAACCA